AUAACGGAGACACAUCCGGAGAAGACGGAAACUUGGCAAAAAUCUACCUUACUCCGGGAUAAGUAUAAAAGCGCAUGUAGACUUCACCACAGCAUCAUUCGUCACCAAGCAGUCGAAGCAGCAACAAUGAUCUUCGCUUGUGUACUUCUAUUGGCAGCUGUUGUCGCAGCCGAGCAUCCACAAUUCAGGCAAAGGUUCCAGUCACAAAGACAAGAAGUAGAACUAGCACCCGAACCACAUUACGCUCCAGCGGGUUACAGACCUUCAAAAGAAUUCGUUUUGCCAUCACGUCAGCAAUACAACCCACCUACGAAUAAUUACGGAGUACCAUCGCGCCAGGAGAACAACCCACCAGCAACUAACUAUGGGAUCCCUGAUAACAGUUAUGGUGCACCUUUCAACACGUACUACACUCCUCAAACGGAAUACAGAACGCCUGAAGAAGUAACCACAACUGAAAAGGGGGAUACGGUUACUAUUGAAGCCAAAACAGAAGCUACAAAAGAGAAUCUUGAACUGGAACCGAAGAAAGACGCUGAGGUGGUGAAUACUGAAGGUGCAUACUACGUUUUGCUGCCAGGGUCCCAGCUUCAAAGGGUACAGUUCCAGACUGAAAACGAUAUUCGUAAUAUGGCGUACACAGCUCGGUUGCAAUACAGAAACGAAGAUAGGGCCCCGAUAUUCGUGUAUACCGCAGUACCACAAUACCAGUCGGCCGCUUACUUCCAGCUAUAUAAAUAGUGGAUGUAAUAAGAGGCUUAAUGCAAUUCAAAUACUGUUUGGAAAAAGAUUGUGGUAGUAUUU